AUGUCGGCGAUCCACUCCGACCCGGUCGUGGAGGGCGCCGUCUCUGUCUCCGGCAAUGAUGCUUUCGAUGAUAAGACCGCUGUCGACGUGAUUAUGACCAAAGAUGAUCCCCAAGUCACCACAACAUCCUUCUCGGGAUCUGGAGAUGAUGGCAACGAGGAUGAUCGCAAUAGUGAAGACGUCAUUAUCAUCACUGGCGCUGAUGCCGCUGCACAUCUGCUCCCAUUGCGGGAUGAUGGUGACCCGGCUUUUACAUUUCGAGGUAUCGUUUUAGCGUCAGCUCUCGCGUGCUUCCAGUCGGUCAUGUAUCAGAUCUAUAUGUUUAAACCGACCCUAAUUACCAUCCAAGGAACGUUCAUCGUUCUCAUCUCUUAUUUUGUGGGCAGGGCAUGGGCCAAGUUUCUCCCCCGCGGCGAUAAAUUUGAGGCCCGAUGGAGGAUGAAGCAAGGCCAGAGCCAGGGCAAACUCCCCCUAUACAUCACAAUCCUCAAAUUCUUUAACAAUGGGCCGUGGUCAUUGAAGGAGCACGCAAUUUGCUCUAUCACUGCCACAGGUGCUUCGAACGCCGCUACAAGUUCCCAGGUAUUCGCAGCGCAGGAGAUCUUCUAUAAUAUGUCCCUGAGCCCGGUAACUGUUAUUUUUGCCACCAUUUCUAUCGGCCUCUUUGGCUACGGAAUCUGUGGAGUCAUGCGUCCCAUCGCAGUCUGGCACGUUGACGCCGUCUACUGGAGCACUUUGCCUACCGUCAAAGUUCUCCAGGGGCUUCAUUGGCAGGAUUUGAAGAAUUCAAAGCCACUGAGAUACUUCUGGUAUGCUUUUACCGGCAUGUCUCUCUACGAAAUCUUCCCUGCAUACAUUUUCGUCUGGUUGAACUCUGUCUCUAUUCCGUGUCUGGCUGCCAGGAAGGCCACCGGUAACAAGGCUGCUCUCCUUACCAACCUCUUCGGCGGGUCCACUACCAAUGAGGGACUCGGUCUCUUUACUUUCUCUUUUGACUGGCAAUAUAUCACCUCCUUCCAAACCGCUCUUCCUCUCAAGCUGCAAGCUCAUCAAGCCGCGGGGUUCGUUGCUUGUUUUAUUGCUAUGAUCGGGAUUUACUACGGAAAUGGCUGGAACUCAAGAUCGCUUCCAUUUAUGUCUACAAAUCUCCUCCUGGCCAAUGGAACCUCAUAUCCCGUUGAUGACGUCUUUGUUGGCGGUGUGCUCGAUGAAACAGCCUUGGCUAAGUACGGUCUGCCUAAACUGACUGGAGCAUUUGCGUUCUCCAUGUUUAUGGCUAAUGCUGCCAUCGGCGCCCUUAUUGUUCAUUGCUUCCUUUUUUGGGGCAAGGAUAUCCACCAAGCGUUUAAAAAGGCCAAGGAAGGUCAGUUUGAUGACCGCCAUCAUGCGCAUAUGGCCAAGCACUAUAAAGAAGCGCCAUGGUGGUGGUAUGUGGUGAUCCUUGUCAUCAGCUUUAUUCUAGGUCUUAUUGUGGUCAUUAAAGAGGACAUUACCAUUCCAGUGUGGGCAUACAUUGUCUCGCUGGUGGUCGGAAUCAUUAUUUCGCCCUUUAGUAUUAUCUUGUUUUCUCGCUACGGCAACGGCAUUGCCACUAACAACCUGUCAAAAAUGCUAGCGGGUCUUAUGGUUCCUGGACGCCCGGUCGGCAACAUGUAUUUUUCUGCUUGGUCCCAUAAUGUUGUCAACAAUGCGGUCAAUCUGUCUAAUGAUCUGAAGAUGGGUGAAUACCUCAAAAUUCCUCCCCGGGUCAUGUUCCUAACUCAAAUCUGGGGCACUGUGCUUGGUGGGUUUAUCAACUACGCUGUGAUGAUUUCUAUCGUCAAGGGAAACAAAGCAAUUCUCGUCAACGGCAACGGCAACUCUUCCUGGAGCGGUGCCACGAUGCAGGCAUAUAACUCUGGCGCAACUUCCUGGGCUCUGGCUUCCUACCUUUACAAGAUCGGCGGCCAGUACUCCAUGGUACCCGUGGGUCUCGCUAUCGGCGCUGCAGCUGUCGUCGUCCACCGUAUCUUUUAUCAAUUCGUUCCCAAAAUCCGCAAUUUCGAUGUUGCUGAUAUCAACAUGCCCCAAUUCAUUCAAUAUGCUGGCUAUAUCCCGUACAACCAGAGCCAGACGUGUGUCCUCUUCAGCUGGGUCUUCGCAGGUUUCUAUGUCCAGUACUACCUCCGCAACUACCGCCCACGCAUCUUCAAGGACUAUUCAUACUUGGUGACCGGCGCCUUCGACGGUGCUAGUCUGACUGUGCUGUUUAUUCUCUCUUUUGCGGUGUUUGGUGCCGGAGGUCCUUCCCACCCCUUCCCGUCUUGGUGGGGUAAUAACUCUAAUGGGAACUAUGAUUUCUGCCCUGUGUCUGACUAG